UCAAAUCAACAAGCUCAAUAAAGGAAACUAUCCGGAUCAUAAAAGAUCCGAAUUUGUGACCCUUAUAAGGUUCGGAUCCGAAUAACAGUAACCCGAAUACCGAGCCAAAUCGGCGGGGACUCACUUCAAAUUCAAUUUCUCCAGCAAAUCGGAGCGAAUUCUAAACCCUAGAAGAAGAAGUAGCUACAACCGGAGAUGGAGGACGCAGCUCAGAUUGACAACGGUAAUCCUCCAGCGGCAGCGGCGGCGGCGGCGGAGAACGAAGAGGAGGAGGCGGUAAUUGGACCGGGUCCAGCUCCACGUGCACGUGCGAAGCGUCCUCUUCAAUUUGAACAAGCUUAUCUCGAUUCACUUCCUUCAGCUAACUUGUAUGAAAAAAGUUACAUGCACAGAGAUGUGGUCACUCAUGUAGCUGUUUCAGCAGCAGAUUUUUUCAUUAGUGGGAGUGCUGAUGGCCACCUGAAAUUUUGGAAGAAAAAGCCUGUUGGUAUCGAGUUUGCAAAACAUUUUAGAUCUCAUCUUGGACCAAUUGAAGGCCUUGCAGUUAGCAUUGAUGGUAUGCUUUGUUGUACGAUCUCAAGUGAUAAGUCCGUGAAAAUAUAUGAUGUAGUGAAUUUUGAUAUGAUGUCCAUGAUUCGUCUUCCAUUCAUACCUGGAUGUGUUGAAUGGGUAUAUAAACAAGGGGACGUCAAAGCUAAACUUGCUGUUAGUGAUCGUAACUCCUCAUUUGUGCAUAUAUACGAUGCAAGAGCUGGUACAAAUGACCCUAUAAUAUCUAAAGAGGUACACUUGUGCCCCAUCAAAGUCAUGAAGUAUAAUCAUGUCUUUGAUACUGUGAUAUCAGCAGAUGACAAAGGGAUCAUUGAGUACUGGAGUCCUUCCACACUUAAGUUCCCAGAGAAUGUGGUGAAUUUUAGAUUGAAGAGUGAUACUAAUCUCUUUGAAAUUGUAAAAUGUAAAACUGCUGUUUCUUUGAUAGAGGUAAGCCCUGAUGGUAAACAGUUUUCUGUAACUUCACCAGAUCGCAGGAUUCGUAUAUUUUGGUUCAGGACAGGUAAACUAAGACGUGUGUAUGAUGAAUCUCUUGAGGUGGCACAAGAUCUCCAGAGGAGUGAUGUUCCCUUAUACCGACUUGAAGCUAUUGAUUUUGGGCGAAGAAUGGCUGUGGAAAAAGAGAUUGAGAAAACAGAACAUGUACCACAACCUAAUGCUGUUUUUGAUGAAAGUUCCAACUUCCUUAUAUAUGCAACUCUCUUAGGAAUUAAAGUUAUAAAUCUACAAACUAACAAGGUAUCCCGUAUCCUGGGAAAAGUGGAGAGCAAUGAUAGAUUUUUGAGAAUUGCUUUGUAUCAAGGUGAUAAAAGUAGUAAAAAAGUAAGAAAAAUUCCUGCUGCAGCAGCAAAUGCAAAUGAAAGCAAGGAGCCCCUGGUAGAUCCAACUCUACUUUGCUGUGCUUUCAAGAAACAUAGAAUCUAUUUGUUCAGUAAGAGAGAACCUGAGGAACCUGACGAUCCUACCAAGGGAAGAGACGUCUUUAAUGAAAAGCCACCUCCUGAUGAACUUUUGGCUGUAUCUGACAUUGGGAAGGCGGUCACGACAUCCCUUCCAGAUAAUGUGGUCCUGCAUACCAGUAUGGGCGACAUUCAUAUGAAGCUAUACCCUGAAGAGUGUCCAAAAACAGUGGAGAACUUUACAACACACUGCAGGAAUGGAUACUAUGAUAACUUGAUAUUUCAUCGGGUCAUCAAAGGCUUUAUGGUUCAGACAGGAGACCCAUUAGGAGAUGGCACGGGUGGCCAAUCUAUUUGGGGAAGGGAGUUUGAAGAUGAGUUCCAUAAAAGUCUGCGACAUGAUAGACCCUUCACUGUCUCGAUGGCUAAUGCUGGGCCAAACACCAAUGGCUCUCAAUUCUUCAUAACAACUGUUGCCACUCCAUGGUUGGACAAUAAGCACACUGUUUUUGGCAGAGUGGUGAAAGGAAUGGAUGUUGUACAGGCUAUAGAGAAAGUGAAGACCGACAAAGGUGACAAGCCAUACCAGGAUGUAAAAAUAUUGAAUGUGACUGUUCCAAAAUCUUAAAAGGGGUUCUUGUCGCGGCUGUGCUCCAAAUUGGAUGAUUUACAUCGACAUAUACUACACCACGACGUAUGUUGGAAAGUAAUGGCAAUCCUCGUUGGACCCUGAUCUGAUAUGUAACCUGCGUAAUCUAUGACUUCUGGUACUUUUCUCAAAACACAUUAAACAAAAUACAUUCCUCAGUUUUGAUUAUAUCAAAUCGCGCCUCUGGGAAUUAGAACUGGGAGUUGCUGGUUAAUCCAAUGUUAGCUUAUCGGCGUGACUAGAGGAGUGAGCGAAGUAGAACUGGGAGUUGCUGGCUAAUCCAAUGUUAAGCUUAUCGGCGUGACUAGAGGAGUGAGCGAUUUCUCUUACCGACUCAGAGUUUUCCAUUCCAGACAUAUCAGUGGGACAGAACAGAAGUACAGAACAAGCUAUUUAUCAUUCUUCUUGGGGUUGUGGCUGAUAAUUUAUGUUGGAUGGCUAGGUUUGCAGUACCAAUAAAGACAGCAUCACUUGUAAUGUACUGUUUAUGAUAUGUAGACCUUUUUGACAAUUUUAAAGUUCCCAAGUUUAUACAUUUGAAUUUUAAUGAACACACUUCUCUUCUUUUGUUCAA